AUGGCUUCAUCAAAGUCUUCGAUGGAAGCACAUCUCGAACUCUAUGAAAUCAUUCUUUCAGCAGCCAAGCCCAUGGCCCUUCGAGCUGCUGUUUUGCUUAACAUUCCUGACAUUAUUGCCAUCCAUGGUAGUCAGAAUCCCCUCUCUGUGGACCAAAUUGCAUCACAUAUUUCUUCUUCCACCAACAAACCUGCCCAUACCGACUACCUGUUUAGAAUCAUGAGGCUUCUGGCUUCCAUUAGUGUCUUCACAGAAGAGACCACAAUAGAUUAUGGUGGCACUCCCCAAUUCAAAUAUGGCCUCACCAGCAUCUCUAAGUUGCUGGUGAAAAAUGAUGCCCAACAAUCCUGUGCACCCACUGUCUUGACCAUUAAUCUAAAGUGCAUAGUAGAUGGUUAUCAACAUCUUCAUGACUCUGUCAUAGAAGGCUGCCCUGCAUUUACCAAAGCCAAUAGCAUGGGCAUAUUUGAGUACAACAGCAAUAAUCCUGAAGCAAACAGGAUUUUCAAUGAGGGCAUGGCUACUAAUACUGGCCCUUUAAUGGCUCAUGUGGUGAAGAUUUAUGAUGGGUUUAACAGCCUGAAGAGUGUGGUGGAUGUUGCAGGAGGGGUAGGGUCUACAAUAUCUGCAAUAGUUGCAGAAUAUCCUCACAUUCAUGGCUUCAAUUUCGACCUUCCUCAUGUCAUAAGGACUGCUGUUCCCAUACAUGGUCACUAACCUCCUCCUCCUCAUAUUUCUGAAGGACAAUUUUUUUAAUUUAGAAAAUGAAAUUUUAUGGAGUUUGAUAUUGAAUGCUUUUCUUGUUUGU